CAUAAUACAAAGUUUACAUUUAAAUACUCAUCACUGAGAGGGACCGUUAAUGUUAUUAUCAGUGUAACAGCAAAACACUAAGUAUAAUGACAUUGUUUUCAUGAAUGACAAAGAAAAAAACUGUAUUUAUGAAUCAUGGGAAUGGGGUUCUCUUAAGACCAUGCUUAAUGAUAUGAACUUUUCACACAUAUCAGGAGAAUUUAAAAUGGCUCUGAUGGGAAAGGAAAAUACCCAAUGAGACCCUUGUGUACAAAAAGAAGAGUAAUUGAAUAAAAGACCGCAUCAAUGAAUUAUGGAUUAAUGAGAAAUUUUUAUAAAAGUUAAUUAAAAAUGUAAUAUAUAUACUGGUUUGAUGAAUGUAUAUAUUUUUUUUUCUUUGCAAACAUCUGCAGGUUUCAUGUUUCUGUCAUUAAAACUAACAAUGGGUCUAUGUACACAUGUAGUUCUGGUCUUCAUGCAACUCAAAACUAGGAUGACUAAGCAGUUUUACAUUAUCAGCAGUCCAGGCACCUUUAUGCGACAGGAACGGUAGUCCUUGGAAUGGUAGUAUAAGGUCCCAUAUUAUUAAUACAGAUUAAGAUGUAGGGGAAAGAUGGCUCCACUAGUGCUCUCUGGUCAGGAGACUUUCCAGUCCUUGAAACCAUGUGAUCUCUCCUGCUGUACUAAAAGUGAGAUCAAGGCAUAUUUUGAGAACAGUUAUGACCUGAAUGAGAGCAUUUUUACAGGGUUAAAAGAGGAAUGUGCCAUAUACAAGUGCCCGGAUCGGCUUCGUCUGCCCCUGAUCUUCUACUACGCCCACACUGCAUGCGUGUAUGUGAACAAGAUGUUUCUGGGAGGUUUGAUCACAAAACGCAUUAAUCCAGAAUAUGAAUCCCUUUUUGAGACUGGAGUGGAUGAGAUGUCGUGGGAUGACACUGAGAACUUCCGUAUGGGUGGCCAGUACAAGUGGCCUAACUUGAAGGAUGUGGUAGAGUACAGGAGGCAGGUGAGAGAAGUGAUACUGCAGGUGAUUGAGAACACCCCUCUGGAAUUGCCCAUCACCAAGGAGAGCCCCUGGUGGUCCUUGUUUAUGGGAAUGGAGCAUGAACGCAUUCACCAUGAAACUUCGUCUGUAUUGAUCCGCCAGCUGCCAGUAGACAUGGUCACCAGGCCCAAAGGAUGGAAAUACGGCCCAGUGACAUGGGGGGAAGGUGUUAAAGAAAACCCAAUGGUUACUGUCUCUGAACAAACCACUGUGACACUGGGAAAGCCACAAGACUUUCCUUCAUACGGCUGGGAUAACGAGUAUGGAGAAUUGGAGUGCAAAGUACCUCCAUUCCGAGCUAAUAAGUACAUCAUCACCAAUAGGGAGUACAUGGAGUUUGUGGAGAGUGGAGGGUAUCAGGACAGUCAGUUCUGGAGCAAGGAAGGCUGGAGUUGGAAACAGUACAGACAGGCUAACCAUCCACUGUACUGGGUGUGUAGUCAAGGGUGUAAGAAUGGAUGUGGCUCUAAUCUUUCAGCAAGUUCACAUUGUAGACCCCAGGAUAUGGAAGGCACCAACGAAAAGUUCAGACUCCGUGCUGUUUAUGAUGUCAUUGAUAUGCCAUGGGACUGGCCAGCAGAAGUGAACUACCACGAGGCCAAGGCCUAUGCUAAAUGGAAAGGUCCAUCUUAUCGUCUGCCCACAGAAGCCGAGUACCACGUGAUGCGGGGCGAACAGAAAGAUGUGAAGGAAGGAGUGGCAUGUGACAUUGUGUACCAAGACAACUGCAAUGCCAACAUCAGAUUUAUUUAUGGUUCUUCAACACCGGUGAACAUGUUCCCAGCCACCAGUGCUGGUUUCCAUGAUGUGUUUGGCAAUGUGUGGCAGUGGACGGAGGACCAUUUUAAUGGCUUCCCUGGGCAAGACACGCACUGGCUCUAUGAUGACUUUUCUACACCAUGUUUUGAUGGACGGCACAACAUGAUUAUGGGAGGAUCAUGGAUUACUACUGGGGAUUCGGCAUCGCGCUUUGCAAGAUUCAGUUUCCGUCGGCAUUUCUUCCAGCAUGCUGGUUUCAGACUUGUGGAAAGUAUUGGGCCUCAGCCCACUCCCCUUAGAUUAGUGGACACGGAGGUCUUUGUUAUGGGAGUAGGAAUUGAAGAUAAAGUUGACCCCAAAGAAGUUAACCUCCCCAAUGGGUUCACCUGGGUCCCCAGUACUAAUCUCCAGUAUCAUUACGACACCGCAGAGUCCCUAAACAGACAACUACAGCUGGAAUAUGGAGCUGGCUCCAAGUUCUUGGAUCAGUUGUUGGAGCAUGUGACUCGUACUGUGAAGCAGCAUGGAACUGAGACCAGACGCAUUCUUCACAUUGGCUGCGGGGUGGGGAAAAUUUCAUUCCAGCUGGCGAAGCAGUUUGAAGAGGUUGUGGCUGUGGAUUUCUGUGGGCGUUUCUUGGAUGCAGCCAUCAGUCUGCAAAGUGGCAAGUCUUUGACCUACACAGUGGUGAACAGUGACAACAAAAGAGAGAAACAUGAAGCUGUACUUGGAGACACCAGUGCUAGCAAUGUGAUAUUUAAACAGUUAACAUGGCUGCCAAAUGAAAUAGGCACCUAUGAUGUUGUUCUCUUUGAGAACAUUGACAGAGUCAUGAACCCAAAGGCUUGGCUGCGUCGUCUGUGGGAGAUUUUAAAUAAGAAAGGUGUUUUGAUCAUAAUCUCCACAAAGGGAUGGGAUCAGGCCAAGUUGAGACCAUACAUCCAAGACAGGUUACAGUGUAGUGAAACGCACAGCCUCCCGUAUUAUGAGCUUGGAGGGAACAAGAAGCAAGUGAACUACACUGUGUGGCACCUAAAGUCCAGUGGUUACUUCCAUGGCUAGACUGACCAUAUUACCUCACUGGCUAAUAAAGGAAAGCCAUGCCUCCCAAGUCCAGCAAGCAAGACAGUCCUUUUUUUUCUAAUUAGAACUGAUUAUUUGAACCACUUUUACUUUGAACUGUUUGACCAAGAAAGGUACAGUGUACCAUCAGUUGCAUCUAAUAAUCUAUGUUAGAAUGAAAGACGGUGAGGAAAACAAAAUUACGUACUAACAAUAUUUACAGGAGACAAACCUUGAAAAAAUUAUUAGUUUGUUGUAUGUUAAUUCUUAUCUUUGUAGUAUUUUGUUAGAUGUCAUUUUACAUACAUGAGUACUAGUAUGUUUCCUUCAUUGUAUUCUCUGAGGAAAAAUGUCAAAGUGUUGGAUAAUCUGUAAAAUAUCUUAAUUUAUAAAAUACUUGUGGUACAGACAUACUUAACAAAUUUCAAAGUAACAGAGGAACAGCUUUAUAGAUUGUUUUUGUUAGUUUUCUUUGCAGUAGCAGUUUGCUGUAUUUGUUUUCCAACAUUUUUUCUAAAAACAAAAGUGCACUUUUACAUGUACAUGUGUAUAUAUAUGGUAGCAUUGUAAGUAGAUACAUUCCACAUUCCUCAUUCCUUAAAAUGUGUAAUUUUUCACAAACUUUUGUUAAUUUUUUAUUUUAUGAGUAGUCCAUUACUAGAUAAUCUUUU